AUGCCUGAAAGCAGCUCCAGGGUUGCUGAAAAGCCUCUGCUCUCUGCAGCACGAGGUGACAUGUUCACUAUCAACUGCUCGGGCUUCGACCAGCAUGGGGUGGAUCCCGCUGCGUUCCAAGCGGUGUUUGACAGGAAGGCCUUCCGGCCCAUCCUCAAUAUCAGCAUCCCCACCCGAGUCAACAUCUCCUUCACCCUGUCUGCCAUCCUGGAAGUGGAUGCCCAACUUCAACAGAUGACAUCAUUCCUGUGGUUAAACAUGAUCUGGGACAAUCCAUUCAUCAGGUGGAAUCCAAAGGACUGUGGGGGCAUCAGGAAGCUCAGCAUGGCAACAGAGAACCUCUGGCUUCCAGAUAUCUUCAUUGAGGAGUUCAUGGAUAUAGAUCAGACUCCCAGAGAACUCCUGGCUUAUGUCAACAGUGAAGGCCGCAUCAAAUAUGAUAAGCCAAUGCGGGUGACCAGCAUCUGUAACCUGGACAUCUUCUACUUCCCCUUUGACGAGCAGAAUUGCACCCUCACCUUCAGUUCAUUCAUGUACACAGUGGAGCACAUGGUCCUGGGCAUGGAGAAAGAAGUGCAGGAAAUUUCAAGCACAUCCCAGAACCUCAUCCGGAGCAAGGGGGCAUGGGUGCUACUGAGUAUCCAUCAAAGAGCCAUCAGGAUGAAUGUGGGACCCCAUCAGUAUGAUCAAAUCAGAUUCUAUGUGGCCAUCAGACGAAGGCCCAGCCUCUAUGUCGUCAACCUUCUGGUGCCCAGUGGCUUUCUGGUGGCCAUUGAUGCACUCAGCUUCUACUUGCCAGCAGAGAAUGAAAACCGGGCACCUUUCAAGAUCACCCUUCUAUUGGGCUACAAUGUCUUCCUACUCAUGAUGAAUGACUUACUGCCGGACACUGGCACCCCACUUAUCAGUGUCUACUUUUCCCUGUGCCUAUCCCUGAUGGUGGUCAGUCUGCUGGAGACCAUCUUCAUAACCUACCUGCUGCAUCUGGCCAACACUCAGCCACCCCCCAUGCCUCCGUGGCUAUACUAUAUGCUCCUCUACUGCACUAGUCCCUGGAAAGGCUGCCCCAGUGCAUCCCAGAAGAUAAACAGGGACCUGGAUAUCCCUCCCUCUCACUUGCCUGAUGUGAAAGAGCCUGUGGAGAUGAUGGGAAAGGAGGCCAGACCCAGAGAGGCAGAGCUGAAUGGAAAUGUUGGAUCAAUGAAGGCCCAACAGGAAGAUGAGGCUCAGAAGAGACAUCUGGUCAACCUGUGGGUGCUAUUUAGCCACAUGAUGGACACCCUGCUCUUUCGCCUCUACCUGAUCUUUAUGAUCACCUCUGUCAUCACAGUCAUUGUCCUCUGGACCACUUAG